CCGGGGAGCCACCCUCCGGGGCUCGUCACGGCCUGGCCGGCCCGGGGACCGGGGACCCCGCUUCUACCGGCACUUCCGCCUCGGCUUCCUCGGCGCCACCGCGCAUGCCCGGGGUGGGUUGCUCCUGACCCGUGGCUGUUCUCCUUUUUGUUUGUUUUUUUUUUUUGUUUUGCUCGCACUUGCUAGUUUCUCAAAUUCCUGAGACCUCCCUACCUUCGACCAUGAGCGACUGGAUGCCCAUCGCCAAGGAAUAUGACCCACUCAAAGCUGGCAGCAUCGAUGGCACAGAUGAGGACCCUCAUGACCGGGCUGUGUGGAGGGCCAUGCUGGCCCGCUACGUACCCAACAAAGGCGUUACCGGAGACCCCCUCCUUACCCUCUUUGUGGCCCGACUGAACCUGCAAACCAAAGAGGAGAAGUUACAGGAAGUCUUCUCCCGCUAUGGUGACAUCCGGCGCCUGCGGCUGGUGCGAGAUCUGGUGACCGGCUUCUCCAAGGGCUACGCCUUCAUCGAGUACAAGGAGGAGCGGGCCCUGCUGAAGGCCUACCGUGACGCUGACGGCCUGGUCAUCGACCAGCACGAGAUCUUCGUGGACUACGAGCUGGAGCGCACCCUCCGCGGCUGGAUCCCUCGGCGGCUGGGCGGGGGGCUGGGCGGGAAAAAGGAAUCUGGACAACUGAGGUUCGGGGGCCGGGACCGGCCUUUCCGGAAACCCAUCAACCUGCCGGUUGUCAAGAACGAGCCGCACAGAGAAGGCAAAAGAGCAAGGAGGGAGCGCUCUCGAUCCCGGGACAGACACUGGGACCCCAGGCCCCGGGAGCGGGACCAUGACAGGGGCCGGGAGAAGCGCUGGCCGGAGAGGGAGCUGGCCAGGGUGUGGCCUGAGAAUGAUUGGGAACGCGAGAGGGAGUUCAGGGAGGACAGGGCCAAAGGCAGGGACAAGAGGGACAGGAGCAAGUAGAGCCAGGGGCAGGCUCUGCAGGCCCCGAGCCUACCCAGAGGCACCCGGGCCAUCGGGCCAGGCCAGUUCCCUUUCCGGUACAGAACCCAGGCUCAGGCAGACCUAAGAGCCUGUGCGUUUGCAGUGCUGAGGCUUGACCUGGAGAGCAGGGCAUGCUGGGCAAUGCUCCACGGGAGGGGACACAACUGUGUGAGAAGUCACCCGUCCCCUGUGGAAAUACAUUUUUUCACAUGCUUGUCCUCCCAGCGCUGGGGCGGUGGAGGCGGGUGUCAAACCAGAGAAAGAAGGGAUCAUCGAGAUUGUGUCUUCUUUCUCACACCCUUUGAGGUGGGGUUCAGUGUUGCAGAGGGGAUAUAGUGCCUUACAGCCCUCAGAUAGCCUGGUGUGGUGGCACACACCCUCAUCCUAGCACCGGGGAGGCUGAGGCAGGAGGACUGCGAGUCUGAAGCCAGCCUGGGUCACAAAACAAGACCCCGUCUCAAUAACCUACAAGAACUGAAUGUAACACUGACAUUGGCUCCUGGGGUGCCUUGUCUUUCCCAUCUUCAUGUUCAGGCUUUGCUGAAUUGAAAUAAAAACAGGCUAGAAAAGCCCUGGACCAGAA